UGCAGGUGGGCCUCUCGUCACGAUUCUACUAAGUCUAGGGUGACCUUUUUAUGUUUUUGUUUUUUUUUUUGGUGUAAUUAUUUUGCCCUAGCAGGUGAUCUUCUAUCAUCUUUACAACAGUACCGAAAUUGUGACAAGUAGAAGUACUUCCUAAGUAGAGGUGCAUGUUUGUUGAGUUCUACUAGUUGUCUUAGGUAAAAACAAUUCUCGUCUUCUUCACCAGUCUACAAGGACCACAAGCAAAUGGCGUCUUCCACUCCUCUCGCCACGGCCAGCACCGGUUCCGGUUCAGUCAGAUAUGAGCGUGGUGAGACGGUCGAGGUCUUCUUUCGAUUUGCGAAAGAGCCGAAAAAUGGCGGUUAUUUCCCCUGUGACAGCAUGGCCCAGGGCAUGCUGCACCCAUGCAUCGUGAAGACUGAUGGAUGGAUUCAAGCGGUUGUAGAACAGACCUUCGAUGCUGGGGCGACCAGAGACAGCCAUUGGCCAGAUCUGGCAACCUCGUCAUCCUCAAGUUCUAAAAAGGGAACAGGAAAGAAAGGAAGUGGGGGAGAUGGUAGGAAAGAUGGAUACGACCCUUCAAGUGAAACUACGACAACCUGAAUACCAUGUUUAGAAAGAUUUUUAUUCAUCCAACGAGCACGAUCACCGACGUGAUAGACAUCAUGAUUAUAUUUUUGAGUAGAGCCUUAAGAUGCUUAUCAUGAUCCUCGCAACAAUAUUAUUCGCUCAAGAACAUUCGCUUCUUACCUUUUCUCGUCCCCAGGUAAUCUCGUGAAAGUGAAGUAUCUCGCCCCCUUCUGGUACAACCGGCAAGGCCAGCUUUACAAUGACGGUGCCAAACGCAAAGAUUCGGUUGCACCGCAACUAGUGCGAAAAUUGGAGGUCCCAGGAUGCCUAAUGGUCAAUAAAGGUCCUCCUCUGCAACAAGCCGCUAACGGAGGACAAGCACCACCUCCUGCCAGUGCUGCUGCUGCGGCAGCUUCUUCUUCUUCCCUAAACCUGACCAGAAGAAGGGGACCCAAAGUGAGUAUUUUUUGCGUCCGAUGGGGAGGCAAACGAAAGGUAGACGCGGUGACGGAUGGCAUUGGGGGUUGGGGACAAGUAGGAAGCAAUCCUUCGGAUAACUUCAUACAUACGCUCUUCGCAGACUAUCCGUAUGAAAAUUUUGGCACCGACUACGAAAUUUGGACGGCAUUUGUGCAGAGCACGCACGAAUUGAAGGACAUACAUCCGGAAUUGAUCCGCAAACAAAUGACAGGGCAACAGCUGGCAGGAUGCUAUUUCUUGUGGCCGAUUGGUAACAUGAUCAUUUUGAUGCGUUUUUGUUAUGAAGACACCGUACUCAGCAUAUCGAUAUCUUCAAAUAGGCAGUCACAUAGUGCCAUCAACUUCUAACCUGCGACGUGUAUUCGUGCUACUUUUUGAUUUUGUCUUAUUAUACUCCUCUUCUAUUUUUUAUAUAUUACAAAACAAAAAAAAACUUUCUAACCAUACAACAGGUUUCCAAGACGGCCAUGAGUUUUGCGGCUACGUCAACAAUGGAGAUCUUUUCCAUUGCAUGCGUCGCUUUGAGGCUACAGGUGUCGUAACCCGAUUUCCCCAUCACAGUCACCUCUACCAACUCCUAGCCAGUAAGGCUUGGACAGCCAGUUGGUGCCUCGUUCCAGGACUCAACACACCCCUCACAACUAAGCUCAGCCGUAGUAUGAUUGUAAAUCUGGGUUACAAGGGAGCCGCAGAAGUGGCUUUGCAGUCACUGCAAGAUUUGAACGCGGCAAGAAAUUUGUUGUUUCCAAUAGGACAAAACCAAUUGAAACGAGAAACAAUCGUGAAGGGAGUGUCGAAACUAGGCUACAGUUGGGAAUCGAUGGACGUAAACCAUUGGUCGGAUGUGGGAACGAUGGCGCAAGGUAGAAACUAAUUUGAAUUUGUUGAAAUACUUGGAAGCUGGAUUUUUAUUUUUGGAAGUUUUACUAAUACUAGCUUAGAUUUUGUCUGCGUGGGUUAAUAGAGAUAUGAUGUAUGACCCUACAUAUAAUCUUCUUCAAUCCUCCAUCGCGAUCCUGCCCACACGACCAGGUCUCGAAGAGCUCGUCCAGCAACCUGGCAAUUUGUCCGAGUACGUCCACGUCCAGGAGUGGGUUGACAUUGACGUAGAAAUGCGACAUUUCGUUGUCUUACCGCAAGACCAUUUGAGCGGCAUCAAAAUCGAGAAGAUCGUUUACACCUGCUACGAGAGCAAGAGCGAGCAACACUUUUCAAGCUUCAACCGCUUCGAUAGGGAGACGUGUUUGCAGAAGAAGUUUCACAACGAUGAAAAAGCGCUGGCAGAGGCGGAAAAGAAAGCAUACGUAAUUCUAGUGAGUUGUUUGCAUUAUGUGGUUCCUCAGGAAAGCACGUCACUUUGUUCGACAUCUUGUAAUUCGAUAUCACCACCUUAUUUCUAGUAGAAUUUAUUAUCUCGACCGUCAAUGAAUCACUGCCAAUAAUUCAUUCCAACAAACAAAUAACAGGACUUAAUCACCCGUCUCUACUACGCUCUCCGCGGUGAGUGCAGUGAGAUGCCUCCUGUGAUACGAUUUGACGUCCUUGCCCAUCGCAGUCGCGCUGGCUGUGCCAACGUGAUGAUUGGGGAGAUCACGGAGCUAGGCGCCUGCUUCCUCGGAUGGCCUGACGGUCCGAAGACGGUUUUCAACGCCAUGUUGCGCACAGCAGCUUAUCCAUCCAACCAUGCAGGAACGUGGGGUGGCGGUAACAACGUCGGACGAGACGGUUUGUUGUCAUCAACCGUGAACAAGACGUUCAACUCGUAUGGUGGAGGCUCGGCACAAGCACAAGGCCAAAAUAGACAAGCAAACGGCGGCGCUCAAAAACCCACUCCUGUUCCUGUCAAAAACGGAACAAAUACAAAUUAUGGAACCUCAAAUGGAUCAAAUGGAAGCCACUAUGAUCCACCAGCACGCGGACGUCGUAGAGGAAGCAGUGAUGCUACAGGUGCAGGUCCAGGCACUAGGGGAGCAUCCAACACAACUACCAACAAAAGAAAGCAAAUGGCAGGAACAGGAAACGAGAAAAAAGUUGUCACCUCUUGAAGGUGAGCUCGAAGUUUGUUGGAGUCGAUUGAAGUUGUAGCUUUGCGACACAUAGCGAUAACGAUGUUGGUGAGGAACUGCUCACGACUACGUUUUUUACCUUGGCAUCAAUCCUAAAGUUGUACGAUACUUUUUUCCUGUAAAGUCUUCUUGAUACCGACCAGCACGAACGAACUGAAUAAAUUGAUGACCUUGUUUUGGCUUUUGUAUUUGGUUAUCAAAACUACGUACCUGCCUCGCCAAGGCCAUACUCUUGUCUCGCAAAAGAACCUGGUGUUGAUACAAGCCACAACACUGAUGCUUCUGUCUUCGAGGAAGAACAGACGCCACCUUAUAUUUGUCAGAUCGUCUUGAACCACCAUGGCGACCCCUCUUGCAUAUACUAAACAACAUCACCGAAAAUCACCAUAGAGCUAUAUUUCGACGACCGCCCGGCGCGACCCUGAGCUCACAGAGCAC